AACGAAAACACCCCUUUUAGUUUUCUGUCUGCUUUUGAGCUUAUUGCUCUGCGUCAUCCGUCAAACAAGAAAUGGAUUCCUUACCAAAUCAAUUGGGUUAUUUGUUGCUCGACGAAGAUGGGGCUGUUAUUGCUUCGAAUGGAGACCUUGAAAAUGACGAGAGGAUUGGGGGUAUUAUCGUGAAGAUGUUGAGGACAGCUCAUAAACAAGAAUUAGGGCUGAACGACGAAAAAGAUGGAUUUCAGAGAAUGACAAUCAAUUAUCCAGAUCAUUGCUACAUUGUCUGCUUAGGAAAAAUUAUAUUUGCUGUCAACGCCGGAGGCGAUAGUCAUGUCGAUAUUUAUGGCAUUAAAUACCAAAAAGAUCCGCUGGAGGGUAGAACUGGAAUAGCUUCAGAUUAUGGGAGACAGUAUUUGAAUAUCGGCAGGGUGCCUGAGCCAGAUGCCAUUCUGUAUCAGACAGAGCGCUAUCAUCACUCCAGUUUCGGCUAUGACAUUCCAGUCAGCGAAGAUGGUGACUACGUCUUGGUGCUCAAAUUCUGUGAGGUUUACUUCAACAGUCCUUCCAUGAAGGUGUUUGACGUCACCUUGAAUGGAGUGCACACUAUUGUAUCCUACCUUGACAUCUUUGAGAAAGUGGGCAAAGCGGUGGCCCACGAUGAAUACAUUCCAUUCAGAGUGACAAAGGGCAAGAUCCUGGUCAACGACGAAGAAUCAGAGCUGGUGGGCAAGAAGAUCAGGGUGGAAUUCAUCAAGGGCAAUCAAGACAAUCCCAAAGUCAAUGCAAUCUAUGUAAUGAAGGGUCUGUUGGAAGAUGUGCCAAAGCUGGCUCCACUGGCCGGCAGUGAAGGAGACGAGGACGACGUGGAAGAGAAACCCAUCGAAAAAGACGAGCCGUCUGCUGGUGUUCCCCCGCCGUCUGGCAGCAGUAGCAGUCCGAAAAAGAAGCGUGAACAGCCGAAAAUCACGAAUCCUUAUUCAGAUGAAUCUUCCACCUUAUUGCCAAUUUUCGUUGCGAUCGCUGCGUUUGUGCCAUUCCUCUUUUGCCUGUGCAGACUGUGAUGACUUUUGCUUAAUUAUUUAGCCGAGUGACGAAGCCCAAGAACACGCAAAAACGGCCCUAGUCCUUUUCAACACGACGUCGGCUCUCCAUUUUGUUUUCUUUUCAAUUAUACGUGGCAAAAUCCCAGGAAUUGAACCAGUAUAUAUGUCCUUCGUGUUUGUUUUUUCCCAUUAUUUUUUUGUUUGUGGUGUGUUUGUCAGAUUCUUGAACAUGAUGCACAGGUGAAAAAAUACAAG